AUGUUGAAUGCGACGCAACGAAGUUUGAUGACGCCGUUGCAUUUAGCGUGCAUUGUUGGAAAACUUGAUAUAGUAAAACACCUGGUCGAAAACGGAGCGAAAAUUGAUGAACAAUGGGAAAGUGGAGCAACUCCCUUAAUAACUGCUUCAAAACAUGGACACUGUGAUGUAGUAAAAAUUCUUCUGAAUAAAGGAGCAAACAAAGAGGCACAAAAUAAAAAAGGUUAUACAGCUUUAAUGUCGGCUGCAAAAUAUGGCAAGUAUGAUGCUGUGCUCAUGCUACUGGAACAUAAAGUCAAUAUUAAAGUUCGCGCAAACGAUCAUUGUAACAUUAUUCAUCUAAGGGAAAAGAACAUUUUGCUAGAGUCCAUGGUGAAUAUUCCAGAUUUGGACAGAAACACGCCAUUGCACAUUGCAGCCAAAAAUGGUUAUUUAGAGUUUACGGAGCUUCUCAAAUUGGAUAACCGAUUGGUUUACGACACCGACGAAGAUGACAACACUGCUCUUCACCUUGCUGCUUUACAAGAGCGUGCCAACUGCGUGCGCGUUCUUCUUGCCGCUGGGGCUAACUUUUUUGCAAGAAACAACGAAAACCAAACUCCAUUAGAUUGCUGUGCUCAAAAUGGUCAGAAAAAGGGCGCUGAAAUAUUGAUAGAUUCUGGCGCACCCGUGAAUAUGCUGAAAUUUAACAAUUAUGCCAAUUCGGGGAUGCCUCCACUACAUUGGGCAUGCAAAGGAGGCCACGUGGAUAUGGUUAAGCUGUUACUCGACAAAGGAGCAGAAGCAACUGAAAUACAAGAUGGUCGGAACGCAUUGGAUGUUGCAGCGGAUAAUCGCAACAACGACUGCGCAAUGGAAAUCAUUAAUAGGAAAGAUUGGAUGGAGGUUUUAAAAUUUAAAACUAAAUCAGGAGGAGAUGAAGAUAAAACGACAACUAUGCGCAGACUCAUCAUGAACCUUCCAAUUGUUGCAAAACAAGUUUUCAACAAAUGCUGUAAACAAGAGAUAAAGAUCGACUCUGAAAGAAGGAACUCAAGUAAUUAUGAUUCAGAAAUAGCAACUCACUGCCUGAUGUCAAUAGUCGAAUCAAAUGACUCUGAUUUACUUUGCCAUCCAUUAGUGAAAAGAUUGUUGAGAUACAAAUGGGAAGAUAAGCAUCUGAGAUUGAUAUUCUGGCUUAUUUUUUUUCUCUACUUAUGCUUUAUGAUUCCAUUUAAUGUGUUUAUGAUGACAAUUCCUCCGCCCUACGCGACAAAUUCAUCAAAUGGAACAUGCGAAGUCAUUUCUGAAGCUCAACAAGAAUGGGGCGAUUCGUGUGAUUUCAAGCAUGGCGAGUGGAUUGCUGGUUAUAUAGCAAUUGGUGCUGCAAUUCUCAACCUAAUAAAAGAGUUUGUUCAAAUGUACGGAGGCCAGAGGGCUUACUUCCGUGAUCCCACAAACUGGAUCGAGCUCUCUCUUUACGGAUCUGCCAUAGCUGCUGCCUGUCCAUUCACGGAAUAUACACAAACUUAUGGAAUUCUAGAGGGAUGGCAAUGGCAACUCGGGUCAAUCACCAUUUUCCUCUCUUGGAUGGAACUGUUGCUGUUUGUGGAAAACAUCCCGAAAUUCAAACUUGGAAUUUAUGUCAUAAUGUUUACAAAUAUUUUGAAAACAUUUCUGAAGUUUUCGAUUGUUCUAUUCUUCUUCGUGUGUGCGUUUGGUUUCAGUUUCCAUGUUCUUUUCCAGAAUCAGAUUGCGUUUACUAAUCUAUGGAAAUCGAUCGUCAAAACAUUAGUUAUUAUGAUUGGUGGAAUUGAUUGUGAUUCAAUGUUUAAUGCGGAACAACCUAGUCCAGCCUAUUCAGAUCAAGUCUACUACGAAGUGGUGUCUUACAUUGUUUUUGUAGCAUCCCUGAUCAUUAAGAGUAUCAUUGUAAUGAAUAUGUUGGUCGGCUUAGCAGUGGAUGACAUUAAAGAAGUUCAGAAAAAGGCUGAAUUGGAAUCGAGGGCACGUCACACAAAACUUGUGCUAGAAACACAAUCUAAGCUUCCAAAGCAAUGGAGAAAAAGAUUCAUUCCAAAAGAAGGCAAAAUCGAAGUGAAGCACAACGAACAAGAAGAGCUGACUCAGAUUGUAGAAAAAACAAGCAAUGAUGUUGUCAAAAGUCAGAUGCACAAUUUGCGCUUGCGAAUAUAUGAUGUCAACAAGCGUGCUCAAAGAAUAGAAUCCAUGAUGAAACUAAAUAUUGGAAACAAUACUUAUCAGAUGUCAGAUGAGUCAGAUGAUGACAAUGACGAUCUUGAUCUAUAA